AUGACCACCAACUCGCGCGCAUCGCGCAUCCGCAACCCCGCGCUCUUCAUCUGCGACAUCCAAGAGAAAUUCCGCGGAAUCUACGAAUUCCCCAAACUCAUCUCAACAACCCAAAAAAUGCUCAAAGCAGCCACAACCCUCCAAACUCCAGUCUUCAUAACAACCCAAAACAGAUCCAAACUGGGCAACACAGUAGCAGAACUACAACCACACCUAUCCGGCCCAAACAUCCGCGCAGACGUGGACAAAACGCUCUUCUCAAUGAUAACGCCUGAAAUCUCGAACCUUCUUCCACAAACCGGGCCCGGCUCUAGCUCCAGCUCCGGAACUACGAACUUGCCGUUGGAUGUGAUCAUCGUCGGUAUCGAGACGCACAUCUGCGUGACGCAAACCACGCUUGAUUUGUUAGAGCGCGGACAUCGGGUUUAUAUUCUUGUUGAUGGGGUUAGCAGUAUGAAUUCUGAGGAACGGGGGAUUGCAUUGGCUAGGUUGAGGGAUGCGGGUGCCAUUAUCACUAGUAGUGAGAGUGUUCUUUUUGAGAUUAUUGGGGAUGCUGGGCAUGAGGGGUUUAGGGCUGUUAGUGGGUUGGUCAAGGAGAGUAAGGAGGAGACGAAGGGGGCUUUGGGGGCCUUUUCGAAGAUUUAA